UAAUUCCAUCCCAUCCCAUACCAUGCCAUGCCAUGCCAUGCCAUGCUAUGUCAUGCCCAAUCCUGUUGCUCACCCUGAACGGAGACUGGGCAACGGACCAUCACCCCAUGUUGGCUUGUUCCUCUAUGGCGUUGGCGUCGUUGGCGUUGCGAGCAGUUUAGCGUUGGCUUUGGCGUUGGCGUUGGCUCUUGCGUUGGGCGUGCCAAAAUGGAAGUCGCAAGAGAGCAGGGGGUUUCCAGGGCAUGUCCGCGGGCAAUGAAAGGGAAACAGAAGGGUAGGCAGGUAAGAUUCAACGAAGCAGGAAAAUUGAACAGGGAAGACGAGACGAGACGGGGGUUGGCCUUGGGGUGGUAGGAAGAGGCGUCAAAAGUCAAAAUAAGGACCCGAUCAAGGGUUUGAAGGGUUUUGCUACGAGUAUGGACAAUUCAAUAGGACGGGCAGGACGGGCAGGACAGGCAAAGGCAGACAGACACAGAGAGAGAUAGACGGGCAAGCAAAGCAAGGAUGAGAAGGACAAGACUAAUUGGUUGAGGUGUAGCCUGCGGUGGUUGGUUGGAGGGAGGCUGUACGGAGUAGGACUGGAGGAGAUGAUGCAUACCUAGGAGGCUGUUCACUUCCUUCGUACGAGUGGAGUUUACUAGACCAUACAGUCACCGGCCAGUGUCGGUAGCGUAGGUGUAGUCAUAGGGAGGCGAAACACAGUAGAGAAAGAGGAGAAGA